GUUGUCGCUUGUCUGUAUCCGACUGUUGUCGCUUGUCUGUUUCUGACUGUUGUCGCUUGUCUUCCUGCAGAGGCUCAGUGCUCUCCGAUGCUCCUCUCCACGUUCAGCCACUUCUCUUUCUUCCACAUGGCCGCCAACAUGUACGUCCUCUGGAGCUUCUCCUCCAGCGCCGUCUCCAUGCUGGGCAGAGAGCAGUUCAUGGCCGUCUACCUGUCUGCAGGUGUUGUUUCUUCAUUUUUCAGUUAUGUGUGUAAAACGGCCACCGGGAGGUUCGGUCCGUCUCUGGGAGCCUCUGGAGCCAUCAUGGCCGUCCUCGCUGCCGUCUGCACCAAGAUGCCAGAAGCUAAACUGGCCAUCAUCUUCCUCCCCAUGUUCACCUUCACUGCUGCCAACGCUCUGAAGGUCAUCGUCGCCAUGGAUACAGCAGGUGUGGUGAUGGGAUGGAAGUUCUUUGACCACGCUGCUCAUUUAGGAGGAGCCUUGUUUGGAAUCUGGUACAUCAUGUUCGGUCACGAGUUGAUCUGGAAGAACCGAGAACCUUUUGUUAAACUUUGGCACGACCUGAGAACUGGAGGAGGUUCUGGUGGAGGAGGUGCUGACGGAGGAGGAGGAGGCAGCGCCGUGUAGGACGCUGAAACACCGGGGCUGCUGGGAAAAAACAAACAUGUAUAAAAUGUACAGAGGCCGGUUCGCUGCACUAUUUGGCUUCCCUAGGACAAGGUAUCGGGAAGCAAACACCUGGACGUCAAGUAAUGAUUCAUGUUCAUCUUUAUAAAAGAUAAUUUACAUUAAUGAACGAUUCCGAUUCUUUUGACAGUUUUUUGUGUUGAAGUUUGUUUAUUUAGAGAGAAAUAUUCUCAGCGGUCCAAGAAGAACAACAAUUAAUCAUGAUUCUGCAGAGUUCUAUGAGGAAUAUUACAAUAACAUGAGGACUGUAUCCAGUUCACAUUAGGAGUCGCUCUGGUUCUGAUUCUGAAGCCAGAAGUUCCAGUAAAGUUAGAGGAACUCAAACGCCUCUUUUAACGUGAGAAAGGAUGAAGUGAGUUGUGUUUUCUGCUUAUUUAUGUUUGUUUUCUUUUGAAUAAAACUGUAAAAUGAU